UAUCAUUUUCACUGUUCACCUAAUCUGAAAGAGAUGUUUACACUCACCAUGUACGCGGAAACAGAAGCAGCUGCUGUCACCGACUCGUGAACGCUUCUUGGAAACGUCCUAAGCCAGCUCUGAAAGGCUGAUCAGCUCUUGAGAAAUUCUCACCUGUAUCCUCCGGGAACACAGAGCAGGUUAACCCAAAGGCCACCAGCAUGCCCAUCAACGACCCCGAGAGUAUGCUGAGCUACCAGAGGCCAGAUGAGGAGGUGGUGGUGGACCAGGGAGGGACCAGCUCAGUACUGAACAUCCACUAUGAGAAAGAGGAACUAGAAGGUCACAGGGCUCUAUUUGUGGGGGUUCGGAUGCCCAGGCAGAGCCAUCGCCACCACAAGAACCACGGCUCCCGCCACCGCAAGAGAGACAAAAGGGCAGGAAGUAUCGCAACAAAUCAGAGUGAGGAAAGUGAGACGGCCUCCGCCAGUCAUGACACGCCGUCCCAGCGGGUCCAGUUCAUUCUGGGCACAGAGGAGGAUGCUGAACAUGUGGCCCACGAGCUCUUCACUGAGUUGGAUGAAAUCUGUGUGAAGGAUGGCAAGGAUGCUGAGUGGAAGGAAACAGCCAGGUGGCUGAAGUUUGAGGAAGAUGUAGAGGAUGGAGGGGAAAGGUGGAGCAAGCCCUAUGUUGCUACUCUUUCCCUGCACAGCCUGUUUGAGCUCCGCAGUUGCCUCAUCAAUGGCAGCGUGUUGCUUGACAUGCACGCCGACAGCAUCGAAGAGAUUGCAGACAUGGUGCUUGACCACCAAGAGGCAUCCAAUGAACUGGAUGACACUGUAAGAGUGAAGGUGCGUGAGGCUCUGCUGAAGAGACACCACCACCAGAACGAUAAGAAGAAGAACCUGAUGCCCAUGGUGCGCUCUAUUGCUGAGGGAACCCGCAAACAGUCAGAGCCAUUUCUGACAGCAGGGUCAGCCACAUCUCCCCAGCCUCCAACAGCUACUGAAAUUGCCAAAAACGGGGGCGGGCAGGACAACAGCCAUGUGGACCUCAGCAAGGUGGACAUGCACUUCAUGAAGAAGAUCCCAGAGGGUGCAGAGGCCUCUAAUGUACUGGUGGGGGAACUGGACUUCCUGGAAAGACCCAUUGUGGCCUUUGUCCGUCUCUCCCCCGCUGUGUUGCUCACCGGGCUCACUGAGGUCCCCAUCCCUACCAGGUUCCUCUUCAUCCUGCUGGGCCCGGAUGGAAAGGCUCAGCAAUACCACGAAAUUGGACGCUCCAUGGCAACCAUCAUGACAGAUGAAAUCUUCCAUGAUGUAGCCUACAAGGCAAAGGAUAGAAGUGACCUGCUGGCCGGGAUAGACGAAUUUCUGGACCAAGUGACUGUCCUACCACCUGGAGAGUGGGACCCCUCCAUCCGCAUUGAGCCCCCAAAGAGUGUCCCCUCCCAGGAGAAGAGAAAGAUGGCAGGAGUCCCUAACGGCACAUCUGGCCAGGUAGAGGAAGAACUUCACGCUGAGCACCACGGGCCAGAGCUGCAGAGAACUGGAAGGUUGUUUGGAGGUCUGAUACUUGACAUCAAGAGGAAAGCUCCGUUCUACCUGAGUGACUUUAAGGACGGUCUGAGCCUGCAGUGUGUGGCCUCCUUCCUCUUCCUCUACUGUGCCUGCAUGUCUCCUGUCAUCACCUUUGGAGGUCUGUUGGGGGAGGCGACAGAGGGACGCAUCAGUGCCAUAGAGUCCUUACUUGGUGCGUCUAUGACUGGAGUAGCCUACUCUGUGUUUGCUGGUCAGCCUCUCACCAUUCUGGGCAGCACAGGUCCUGUGCUGGUUUUCGAGAAAAUCCUCUUUAAGUUCUGCAAGGACUACCACCUUUCCUAUCUGUCGCUGAGGACUUGUAUCGGCCUGUGGACGGCUCUGCUUUGUUUGCUGUUGGUUGCCACUGAUGCCAGCUCUCUGGUGUGCUACAUCACUCGGUUCACAGAAGAGGCCUUUGCCGCCCUCAUCUGCCUCAUCUUCAUCUACGAGGCCUUGGAGAAGCUCUUCUACCUUGGAGAGGUUUACCCCUUUAAUGCACAAAGCGAUCUGGACCAACUCACUCUGGCGUUCUGUAGGUGUGCAGAGCCUGACAACCCCAGUAAUAAAACCUUAGAACUGUGGAGUGAGAGGAACAUCACAGCCUCUGCUGUAUCCUGGACCAACCUUACUGUCAAGGAGUGUAUCAGUCUGGACGGCCACUUUGUCGGGACGUCAUGUGGCCCCCAUGGCCCCUACACCCCAGAUGUUCUCUUUUGGUCAACCAUCUUGUUCUUCUCGACUUUCCUCAUGUCUGCCUUCCUCAAACAGUUUAAAACAAGUCGUUAUUUCCCCACCAAGGUGCGCUCCAUGAUCAGUGACUUUGCUGUUUUCCUCACCAUUGCCAUCAUGGUUCUGCUGGAUUAUGCCAUUGGAGUGCCCUCCCAGAAGUUAAAGGUGCCCAGCAAAUUCAAGCCAACCAGAGACGAUCGAGGUUGGUUUAUCAAUCCAAUAGGACGCAACCCAUGGUGGACAGUCUUGGCUGCAUCGAUCCCUGCUCUUCUCUGCACCAUCCUCAUCUUCAUGGACCAACAGAUAACUGCUGUCAUCAUCAACCGCAAAGAGCACAAACUGCUGAAGGGCUGUGGGUACCACCUGGACCUGCUGAUGGUCGGGGUGAUGCUGGCAGUGUGCUCCAUCAUGGGCUUGCCCUGGUUCGUAGCAGCCACGGUGCUGUCCAUCUCUCACGUCAAUAGCCUGAAGCUGGAGUCGGAGAGCUCGGCUCCCGGUGAGCAGCCUCGCUUCCUGGGAAUCAGAGAGCAGAGGCUGACUGGCCUGCUCAUCUUCCUGCUCAUGGGCUGCUCUGUGUUCAUGACCGGAGCACUACAGUUCAUUCCUAUGCCAGUGCUGUAUGGUGUGUUCCUUUACAUGGGAGUCUCUUCACUAAAGGGCAUACAGUUCUUUGACCGUCUGAAGUUGUUUGGCAUGCCGGCGAAGCACCAGCCGGACUUCAUCUACCUACGGCACGUCCCCCUGAGGAAGGUGCACCUGUUCACUCUCACCCAACUCACCUGUCUGGUGCUGCUCUGGAUCAUCAAGCACUCACCUGCCGCUAUCGUCUUCCCCAUGAUGGUUCUUGCUCUAGUUUUCAUCCGCAAAAUGUUGGACUGGUGUUUCUCCAAUCGAGAGCUGAGUUACCUGGAUGACCUUAUGCCUGAGUGGAAGAAAAAAAACCUUGAUGAUGCCACCAAAACGAUAGAAGAGGAAUCACAGGGAAUGCUCAAUACAAACAACGAAGAUGCAGCUCCUGUUCAGAUUCCUAUGGAGAACAGGAAGCCUGUUCAGACCCCCAAAGCACAUGACCCCAGGUGUGACCCCUCUGAUAUUAAUAUAUCUGAUGAAAUGUCUAAAACCACCGUGUGGAAAUCCCUAAACUCCAAUCAAAAGGACACUCGUCCUAUGGCUGCUAAGAAGGAUUGACGGGAUCACCUUCAUAGACGAAUAAAGGAUGCCCGAAGUCCUGGCAGAAUGUAGUGGACCUCAUGACACUGCAAUUUGGCUGCUUUGCCCGUCAGCCACUUGAGUGAGAAGAGAAACAAGUCUCAAUGAUUUCUACCAGCUACCCAUAACACAUACUGUCCCCAAGCUCACAGACAAGGAAAGGUCGACACUUAUACACACACCUUUUUAUUUCUAUCUUUGUGAGGUGAAGAAUAAUGCUCACAAUCUUGUUUCCCUAAAAAAAAAAGCCACUGCUUCACUAAUUCUAACCAUCUAAACUAAAGGAAGCCAAAUUCUCAUCCAUCAUUAUCUACUUUACUAAACCACACAGCGAAGAAAGCCUUUAAUGAUAAGGUCUGGCCUGUACACUGCCUUUAGCUUCCCCUCUUAGAUGUGAGGUUGAAGGAUGAUAUAACGGAUGACACUUAAAGGUGAAAAUAAUUCCAUAAUAUUGAAUAGCUGUGUUUUAAUGAAUAUAUGUCUAAUAUACAGACAUUUCCUAGAGCUGCUCUAUCCACACUGACAGUAAAUAAUGGAUGACAAAGUCACAGCUGCUGGCAGCCAUGGUGGUUUCACUGAGAUAACAGGACAUUGGCUAAUUCACACUUGAAAGUCUUGCAUUUAUUUAAACCUCAUUCGGAUGUAACAUCUCCAAUAGCCCCAGUUAGUCAGUGUCACUGUGCUGUUUCCAAAAAUGUCAGCCCGUUUUUAUUUAAUCAUGGGGACACACCUACCGUAUGUCUUUAUAGAUCAACUUCACUACCCAAGUAAAUAAAUUAUGCCAUUAUAAAUCGUCUUGUAGAGUGGAUUUUUCAUUUAAUUCAAGAACUACUCAAAGCCAUAAACUGAACCCUUUCACACAUACAAACCAGGAAUAUAUCCAGUUAUUUUAGGUACAGCACUGUAAAAAUAAUGCAGUCUUAAACAACAGUCCGGCAAUAUAUCCUACCUUUAUGAAGUUUCAAUAUUCAGUUUUGUUUCAGAAAAUAAUUAAGUUAUGGUCAUCUGAUGUAGGACAGACAGUUAACUGCAUUAGUCUAAAGAUCAAGUGGGGUGUAUUUAGUGCCAUAGUGCAGAUUGCAACCAACUAAAUACUCCUCUGCUCUUCACAAACAUAGAAGUGAAAUAACAGUAGGGAAGCAAUCUUAGAAUAACAUUUAAAAAAUCCUUUCUGUCAUUUUAUCUUCAAAAUGUGUUUGUAGUUUCGGUAGUUAACUUUUACAGAACAAUAGCAAAAAAGUAAUUAGACUACUUGUAAAUGAGCUUCCAGUAAGCUACUGGAGUUUAAGUAGACGAGCAGCAUCUUACAAAAACAUCUUACAAAAACAAGUAGUCAUUGGAUCCACUGUUAAUUAAAAAUGGUAAAAGACACUUGAUCCUCACAAAGAUAGAACACACACACACACACACACACACACACACACACACACACACACACACACACACACACACACACACACACACACACACACACACACACACACACAAAUAACAACAACAACCUCUCUACUCCCUUUGUUUCCUCCUUUCAUCCCAAACAACACUCCACCAACGUUCAUUGAGCUAGGACACGUGAUUGAGAGUAAAUUCUACUUUAAAAACAAACCAGGUUCUUCAUAUUAAUCUCAGUAGGUUUAUCCAUCAUCAUUCCUUAAAUCUACUGUGUGUCUUUAUUUUAUGUGCCAUGAGUGUGUUCUUUGUCUUAACAGUGAUGAUAUGGUUGACUAUUUGAUAGAUUUAAGAAAUACAUUGCAGGUUCAGUAAUACAUAGCUAAAUCUUCCUUUGGGGCUCAAAACUUUGUGUCAGUUUUGUGUGACGAUGUAAACUGGAAACCGCUUAUGUUAGAAGACAGACUUCAGUUGAAGCAGCGGCAUCCAAAACAUGUUUUGAAGUGUAAUAUUUUCCCUUUAUGGAUGUUUGUCUUUGGCUAAUGACUGUGUACAAGAUAUUUCUACAGAAUAUCUGUCCAGUGUUGGUAUACUUUCUUAUUUCUUUACCUCAGAGUUCAGGCUCAUGCAAGGCACUUUGGAUUACCAAUCAUGGGAAACCAGAGCGGCGAAAUGGUGUGUGUGUGUGUGUGUGUGUGUGUGUGUGUGUGUGUGUGUGUGUGUGUGUGUGUGUGUGUGUGUGUGUGUGUGUGUCUGUGUGUGUGUGUGUCUGUGUGUGUGUGUGUGUGUGCGCCAAAGAGACAGAGGCUUUCUUUUCAGCAAUAAGUUAAGCUAAAUCCAACAUUGACCUUGCCACAACUCUUUUAUUAUCAGGGUCCUUCAAACCUUUUUUAUCCAUCCCUGUGUGGACUAAAGGCGGUUCAGGAAGAGUUGACACGACAACUAUUUACAGGUGCCAAAAAGAUAAUUUUACAUACAAUUAAAAGGAUACAUUUUGACCCUGUCACACUUUCUUUUUCAAGCUGCACUCACAUCAGUGCCCCUCAAAGCUGGGAGUGCCAAAGGAAGCAGAAAGACUGGUGUGAAUUAGUGAACUUUGGAAAUACUUCAUUUUUACUUGCACUUUCUGUAGAUAAUUUAUGAUAUAUUUUAUUUUGAAGAAGUCUAUUAAGCAAUCAAAUCAUUUUACAAUAAUUUAUUACAGUUCUUUAUUUUGAGAUUUAACAUCCCAAUGAGUUCCCUCUGCUUUCUGUAUAUACUGUAAUAGGCAAGAUGAGCUAAGAGACAGGUUGAAGAAUGCAGCACAUGAAUAAUAUAACUACAUGAAUAAACUCAAUUAAAUACCAUCGAAGGUUUUGUUAAAGAGAGAAGAGGUCUGAUGGGAGACAUCAGGAUGUUGUCUCAUAAACCGUGAAUGUCACACCCUUAAGUCCUCGAUGGGGGACAUAAAGAGCCUGAAAAUGCUAUUAAAUCAAUUAUUGUUUGGUAUUUCGUUGGACAAUAUAAGGAAGGUCUGAUUAAGGACUAUUUCAUUUACAUUUUUGACAUCAGGCCAUUUUGACUGUCAAAAGCAAGUUUAAAGGAAAUAAGGGAAGAAAGGAGGUUUCAAAUGCAACAAAAGUAACAUUUUUUAAAGACAUAUCUUUACUUUAACUUUAAAUAAUAUUAAAAAAUAUGAAAUAAACAAUAUGUUUAACAGUAUCCAUUUAUACAUGAGUUGAUGGAUCAAUGUAGUCAUGUCACUGUACAGUUAAAUAUCAAAGUAUUAAUUGUUUUAUUAUCAUUUUUACAGCUACUUCAGAAAUAAGUCCCCAAUAUUUCUAUUGAAGUGACUUUAAAGCAGUGCGCAGGUACAGUAAUCGUGAACUGUAACAUCACAUGCAGUAAUACCUCUUCCAAGAUGUGUGUGAAAGUUUAGUACAUCGUGUUUGCUGUCAUGUACUUCUACUUUGACUUUUGAAUGUGAAAGGUCUCUGUGUCCGUGGAUCCAUAACUUAACUAAUGAAUGGCAUGACUAGAGAUGAUUCAUUGUGUAAAUAUAUAUGUUUUAAAUCACAUGAGUGAAUGUAAACAUGUGUAAAUUGAUAAAAAAAUACAACGCCAAAAUUGUGAAUACACUUGACAAAGUGUGUUACAAAAUAACAUUAUUAUUAUUAAGCAAUUGUUCAAGUACUUUUAUUGAGCAUCAUGUGUCUUAAACUUGAUUUUAUAAUCAUUAAUGUUUAUGUGAAUGUUUUUAACAUACAGUUAACUGCCUUCAGUAUACUUUAGGUUUACUGCAUACAUGUGACCAAGAGGGGUCAAACAUUUUGAUGGAUGUGAGUAUAGAUAUUUGUGCAGUAUGUGUUCCUGUCAGAGAAAACAUAACCAUUUCCUGUUGUGCUGUCAUUUUUGACCUUGGGCGACCAAAAACAGACCUUUUAAAGGCAUUGAUGAGGAACAGGCUGUCGAUAUAACUUUAUCUUCACUGUGUCCCAUUUUGUACCAUUUGUUUGUCGUAAAGCUCUUGUUAAUUUCAAGUGUGAAUAAAAGUGAAAACUGUAUUCUGUAAAGCUAUAUUAUUAGACAAAACUCGUGAUUGUUUCAAGGACAAAGUCAGGAUGACAGAAGAAGAAAAUAAUGAAAGAAAGAUGUCAGAGAUUGUCUUCGACUGAGAACAGCACCUGUACUGUAGUAACCUUAAUCUUAUAGUCUCGGAGCCAUAGUAAGAGCAAUUCCUUGUCUCUUCAACCACUGAAAGAUUAUCUUGAGCAAAAAAUAAUUGUACAUGUUUUAUAUGUAUAUGUAUUUUAAUUUUUGAUUAUGUAUAAAUAAAAAAUAAAUUAAAUGG